UGGAUCGGGCCAUCAGGCUGGGUAUCAGGCACCAGGUCAUCAAGCUGGAUAGGAUCAUCAAGCUGGAUUGGGUCAUCAGGCUGGAUCGGGUCAUCAGGCUGGAUCGGGCCAUCAGGCUGGGUAGCGGGCACCAGGUCAUCAAGCUGGAUCGGGUCAUCAGGCUGGAUCGGGCAUCAGGGCAUCAGGCUGAACAACGGAAGGCGGGUUCACAGACGGCAGGCUGACCGGUUUGGAUACUGGUAGGAUGGUACUGGUUGGAAAGAAUUUUCGCCUUUUCCUGGUUUUAGUUACUGGAGCACUGUAAGUAAGCGCAGGUUUGUAAA